AAUACGUUCAGUAGUUUCCCGUUUAAAUAUGGGUGAGGUUCCUCGUGAAAGACCCUGUAUAAUCCCCAGACUGUUAACAGGCCAUUGUGUCGAAAGGCUCUCCUGCAGCUCUGUCUAUUUCCAAACCCUAUCAUUUAGUACCUUCAGUGAGUAAACCGCCGUAGCUAAUCGUUUGUUCAGGCCAGUUAUAUGUUCGUUUCAUCUUAAUUCUGAAGUGAGCCAUAUGCCCAAAAAUUUCGUUGUGGUUGUAAUUUCGUCUUUAUUCAGGAGCCUUGUUACAGAAAUAUCGGAGCUCGACUGGACAGUAUGAAAGUGGACCAGUUCUGUCUUUCCAACAUUCAGGAGCAAGUUGUUGUCAGCACACCACAUUUCCACGUUCUUAACUGUAUUUUCUAAUGAAAAUACAUCAAUUCAAGAAAAGAAACACCUCGGGGAGUCGCUGCAUAAAAAAUGGAAGAAUAUACGAGACAGAUACUGCAGAGAUCUUUUGAAUCAACGAGGAAACUCUGGAGAUGGUGCCAAAAAAAAGCACCUUAUGUAUACUCGAAGCAAUUGAGGUUUCUUAAAGACACAGUUACACCAAAAGAAACCACUGAUACUUUAAAAGAAUUGAACAUUGAAUCAGGGGGUAGUACAGUAGUCGAAGAGCGCACCACUCCGUCAACUGCAACACCCACCUGUACGAAACGAUUGAUAGGAAAAAAAAGAUCUAAUCUCAUAGAAGAAAAACUACUAUGCUCUCUGAAAACCUAUGAGAAAAGGAUGAGUUCUGAUUGCCAUGAUAAUGACGACAACAGACAGUUUUUGCUAUCUUUGGUACCUACUCUUGCUUCUCUCCCAAAAUUAUCAAAUACUAAAUGCAGAAUAGAAAUUCUGCAAGUUAUGAGUAAAUACGAAUCUUGCGCUGCACAACAAACUCAUCAACAGCCAGGUUACAUUCCGUAUCAUAUUCAACAACAACCAUGUUACAUUCCACAAAUCCAACAACACCCAAGUUACAAUUCACAACAGUUUCAGCAGCAGCAAGGGUACACUCCAUAUACUCAUCAAAACCAAAUGAACAAUCAAAAUCAACAACAACCUAUUCAUUCUGCGGAUCUACAACGAAUUAAUCACAAGCGAUCUCUGGCAGAACAGCAAGAACAAAGUUGGAAUCCGGAAGCGAGUAAUGCGGCAGCGGACACAGUUCAAUCUUAUCUCAGCCAUUUCUCUGGAGAUGAUGAUUCUCAAUUCAGCAUUUUUUAGUUUAUUACCUCGCAUCUGAAAUAAUUUUUUUCCAUGUCCUCAAAUGUUUGUUUACAUUCCAAAUCUCCUUGAAAUUUUGUAUACAUUUACAUUUCUCAAGCAAAAAGAGAUUUGUAAAUUUCCUUUAUUUUUUUAAACUUUGUAUUGACCUCAUUGUAACUUUGAAAUUGAAAUGAAUAUUCAUAAAUCAAGAUAGAAAGUAUUCGCUUCACCUUUUCCAAUUAGAGUAUCAAUUUUCGCCAUAUGUAGAAUCUGUGUUCUCCACAAAAAUAUUUCGUGAAAAAGAGAGAUA